GUAGGUCGGGGGGGGGGGGGUCUUGUCAGAGCAGAGGUUUUUACCUGCGAGCGGGCGAAAGUGUUGCGCUCACAAUUACCUAUUUCCAAUUAAUUACACAACAAUUAAUUACAUUUAACGCGUAGACUUUCGCGAACGAUACCGUGGAUUACAACUAACUCACAGCCACAACUUGCUUUCAUAGACAGCUGUAAAGUACUGCAAUUGUUUUCUCUAUAGAAUUGUCUUUUUGUUAUGUUUACGGGUAUUAGAAUUACUCUUUGGUUAUUUCGGUAAAGUCACGUAGAAAGGAAAUACAUUUAAUACUAGAAUACGACGUUUCGAUUGCAACACAAGCAACCGUCAUCAGCUUCUGCCAGCCUUGUGACAAUGGCUCUGCUCGCUGCCCUGAGCCUGUUGGAGAUCAUCUGGGCCGUCAUUGGCAUGGGCUUUGUCAUUGCCUUCGCCGUGCACGUGUGCAUGAGGGAUCCGCCCGUGCUGCUCGAGGAUUUGAUCCGCUACGGCAAGAGUAAGGGCGGGCAGCGCGCCGCGUGGAUGCGCGCCCUGGAUGUGCCAAAGCGGUGGUUCAUGCAUUUCUACGUGGUGGCCGUCGUCUCGCACGUGACACUCUUCUCGCUGACUCUCCGUGCGCUGCUGCUGGGCUCCCCGUUUCCUGGCUGGCUCGAGUCUCUCCUGGUUGCCUUUGGCAGCCCCACAAACAAUUUUCCCCAUGGCAUGGAGCUGUCGGUUGUGCUUGCCCAAGCCCUUAUGGUACUCCAAGUAGUGAGGCGACUGGCCGAGUGCCUGUGUCUCAGCGUGUAUUCCAACGCAAUAAUGCAUGCAGUCCAGUAUGGAUACGGUAUGCUCUACUACGUGGUGAUCGCCUUCACGUUGUUGUGUGAAGGCCCAAGCAUGGGAGGAAAAGGGGUGAGUGUGUGGCAGUUGCUGGCCCAGUGGAGAUGGUACCACGUGGCUGGCUCUGUCAUGUUUGCCUGGGCCACGCUCCACCACCAUCGGAGCCACAUCAUCUUGGCCAAUCUGCGAAAGGACAAAGCUGGGCGCGUGGUACACACGAGGUACGUGGUUCCACAUGGAGACUGGUUCGAGCUUGUCUCGUGCCCCCACUACCUGUCCGAGAUCCUGGUCUACGUGGCGAUCGCGGUGGUGCUGGGCGGCGUCCACCGCACGUGGUGCGUGACGUCAUUUAUGGACGGCCCCUUAGCGGGAGUUCAUCGCUGUGCACAGGGCCAUGGCUUGCGUCAACUGACCACCUCAUCCCUCAAUUCCCCACCUCGUUCCUGCCUACAAGGCUACAUCCAGGUUAAUUGAUUUCCCUGAAUUUUUUAUUUGUAAGUUUUAAUAGUAUAACCUUUUAAUAGUCAAGGCUUUAUUUCUGUGCACACACAGGGACCAUUUAAUUCCCACACAAUUAGGAAAUGCAUUAUCUUAUCCGGGAUUUAUAUGAAACUUUUGUAAAAGCGCUUUACAAGAAUUAUAAAUGGUCAAUUAGUUAUAGGCUGAUGGGGAAAUUGGAUUUGAGUGUUGGAGAGGGGAAGGGAAGGCAAGGAAGGGUGAUGAUAGGGAAAGGGAGGAGCGAGGUUAGGAUGGUGAACUGAGAGCGUGAUUAAGGUUUUAAGGACGGGGACGGGAAGUAGUAGGGGAACAUCUUAUCCGUGUCAUCUGCUUAAAACGUUGUUUUAAGAACCUCGUGACAUUGCUUGCAUGAGUAGACUGUUGGGUAUCGAUGUCAUCCACAUAUUUAGAACUUUGACCAACAACAUCCCGCUAAUUACUCAAACAGAAACAUUAGUUUUUUCCGAGAGUGAACUGAAACAAAAAUCUUUCCUCAUUUUGUUUGACAUGAGAAUAGUGUAGUUUCCUUCACAUCGACAAUUCAGUGCACAAACUUCACAAUGAGAAGGUAGGUAUUGUUAUUUGACUUGACACGAGUGAGUGCUGGCGGCACAAGGGCCCCGAGAAUGACGAGCCCCCACUGGUCACCGCUGGUUGCUUCUGAAAAAGCAGCUACUAGCUCAGUGGGCUUUACCUGGUAAGAUAAAAAAGAAUUGUAUGUUAUUUUUAAGCGAAUUAUUUCGCUUUCACAUACUUUACACCCCUAUGUGUUUUUCUACUGUUGUUGUAACGUUCUGACCGCCCCUACUACCUCACCUGGUAUACAAGAGGCUGUGGAUUCAAUCCCUACCCUGACUCCUCCUGUAUAUUUGGAGUUUGCAUGUUCUCCCUGUGGUCGUGUGGAUUUUUCUCUGUAUUCUCAGAUUUUUCCCUCCACAUUUACAAACAUUCGUUUAGAGUAUUUGGCUGCUACAAAUUUUCACGUGAUUAGCCACUUUCUUUGAGCUAUCAUUUGUGGCCAGAUCACUUCUGAAAAAGAGCUACAUAGCUCAGUGGGCCUUACCUGGUAAAAAAGAAAUAGUUUAGUUUAGUUUUUAAUAGCUCAUAGGAUUCUUCCGGCGUAAAUACAUUCUCAUUGUGAGCUGGGCCCCACGUGACGACAGCACCCUGCAACAGCAGCAGCAGCAGCAGCAGCCACGCGCGCACCUUUCCACAGGCCCCGAACGCCUUCCUCACGGCCGAUGGUGCGGUAGGCGGUGAAGGCGCUCGUGUAGCGGCGCGGCAUGCCGAGCUCGCUCCGCUGGGCCUGGAAGCGAACCUUGACCACGUCCGUGGGCUGCGCGAUGGCUACGGCCAAGCCGCCUGUUGUGCAACCGGCCAGGAUCUUGGUCAUCAUGCCCGCCUCUGCAGCACACGGGGACAGCCUUCGUUACGACUCGAGAUCAAGGUCAAGAGGUCAUUGCAGCCAGUCUCAAUGAUGCCAUUGUGCCUCGCCUUCAUUCUGCCAUAUCCUGUAAUGACAAGUGACUGGUAAACUGGCUGAGGCAUGGAGCAAUAUUCCCAGGCACCGCAAACUCCGAGGUUGACUGGAGAGAGGAGAAUAAAUGGGUGUACGCCACAGGCUCGAGAAGAGGUGGGUCAAAUGUGGUGUACGAGGGCUUGAAGAUGACCGGGAAACAAAGACGGCCAGGUGUGGUGCUCGCCACAACCCCCUCUUCGUGCGCCAUGCUGACCUUAAUAGGCACUCGCUAAUGGUGCCUGCCCCAAGUGGCGCUGCGCUACGAACCUGGCGACCCGGGUUCGAUUCCCGCUAACGCCCAACACCAGUGACGAUUAGCUGAACCGGUCCUGGGCCUCCCCUAGGUCAACUCAGCCUCAAAUGAGUACCUGGUACAGUAUGUAAACAUUGGCACUAGGGAUACAAAGGCGGCCGGGCGUGGUGCUGGCCACCCACCCCCUCGUGUGCCAUAAGUGCUUGCUAACAGAACUUGCCCCAACAGUCUGUUAAGGCUACACGGAGGAUCUUUGUCUUUGUGAGUGUGUGCGCUGUGCCCGCUCACGUUCUCCCCCCCUGGUGUAGAAGUCCUUGACGGUGUCGUAGAGGCCGAUGCGGAUGGACGCGAAGCACAUCUGGCGCUGCAGGCCGGCCACCAGCCCAUUGUAGAGGCUGCGGGGGCCCUCCGUGCGCACCAUGGAGGCGAUGGUGCCCACCAGGCCCCUCUGCCGCACGACUCCCGGCGCCAACGCACUGCCACAGGGCGUCUCCCCCUGGAUCUAUCGGGGUGCGGGGGGGUAACGACACACGGGCGGUCUUUUGCACGUCACUUAAUUUCGCACCGUGCGUAGCCAACCACACUCAUCGGAGGUGCGGGUGAAAGACAAGAAACUAAACACACACAAAAGCAGUGAUAGAGAAAUUAUUUUCAAUCUAGAUGAUGAUUUGAAAGUGGACAGCUCCGGUCGCUUCCGAAUAUCGUAAGGAAGAGCAUUCCAGACGGGCUGCAGAAGCGCAUCUGAAAGCUCGCGGUGCGGUGCAUGAGCGCCAAAGCCACUCCUGAGCUCUGCGCAGUACCUGGCCAGGCAUGGUGCUGCACGCCACUGAAACUCUCAAACCGGCUAGGCUGUGCAGUGGCGAGGAUAUGGCAGCACAUGGAAAUGAGCAGUUAAGCGGUCUGUGCGGACCAUUCAGCGUAGUUUCCUCAUUGUGUGGCGGGUUGUCUCCGGCCAUUCCGGUUUUCUCCCACAUUUGCAAAACAUUCAUUAAAGGAAUUGGCCAACUGUCGCAGUAUGGGACUCUCCUGAAAUUGAGUCCUGAAAACCCGGCGAGGCUUAACUGGGCAAAUAAAUCAUAUCGUUACAAUUAUUGGGUUAUUAUAUAUAAUGUAUGUCUUGCUCUCAAACAAAUAUAACGUUUCAUGCCACAACUGCUCUCCACUCUUUCCUAGAUUCCAUCAGAUCUUGAAACUCAAUCGAAAAAUCACCCUUUACUUGUUUAUGGGAAAGCCCCAUUGAGAUCCCAAGGUUCACUAUGAACAGCAUCGCACAAUUUCACACAACGUGGCCUUGACAAUCCGAUUCUCACCCUGGAGUGCCAAUGACCUAGCCUCCUCCAUUCUGCACCCAACACAACCUCCUCGUUCUGAUUCAGCCAACAGAACUUUACAGACACUCUUCCGCUCCAACUUGCAAGUUGUUUACCCUAUUCUGCGCAAGAAAUAACUCCACAUCCUUUUGUAGUUUUCUUACACUCAAACGACUGCAGCUCGGUAAGAUUUCACUCACUUCUAACGUAGACUCUUUCUUCGUGCCUCAAAAACUUCCUGGAACAAUAUUGUUGGCCGUACCCAGUUUAUUACACUUCACCACUGAAGCAAAACACCUCUUACCUUCCUGCUCACAUACAACAUUGUGCGUGCAUCGUUUUAUUACUCCUGACACGUCUGACAUGUGAAUCACACGAGAUGGUAAACAUCGGACGAGCUGUAAAUAGCUCGUCAAGACGAUGCUGUUUUCAGUGCCAAGCCAAACCAGGAAAUCAACUCAUCGAUGAAACGAAAACAAUAUUAAAAUGUUAUUAUUUUUAUUAAAUUUGCAUCACAUUGGUGGAGAACCCGUUGGUCUGCAACAGAAAAUUAGAACUCACAAUCCUGUAGUCAGAGCACUGAAAUUAAUAUUCUUUUAAGUACUGUAAAAAAUGCCAGGAUAAUAUUUACUGUAUUGUGAUGUUUUUUUUAUAUUCUCUAGAAUGUAAAGAAUAUUCUUGCGAAAGAAUUACAUAAAUAGGAGCACAAAAUAAAAAAAUAGAGCUUUUUUGUUUUCGCCAAACUUAUUUAGCCGUUUCAAUGUAACUCAGUGUUUAAAUGUUGACUAAAAACUUUCGUGACUGCAGGAAUUCCUAUACUUUGGGUCUUUCGGUAAAGUCACGUAGAUAGGUUCAAAGAAAAAAACUACGACGUUCCUGAUGACGAACGCUUGUGUUGCGAUGGAAACGUAGUUUUUUGUUAUUUUCUGUAAUUUUCUUUGAACCUAUCUACAUGACCCAAAGAAUAUGAACUCAAUGUUUAUUUGCCACAUGGAAAAUCUUGUUUAGCCAGUUACCCAACUACUUUCGGUGGCAAUAGCCCGCAGUAGCCACUACCAACAGAGUUACCGUGGGGGUGAAGAGAAGCCCAGCAAGCAGCCAGCCAGGAAACUCGAGGCAUAGAUAAUUUUUAAUAGUACAUGUAGUAUGAUUAUUCGAGAAACUGUUUGCCACAAAAGCUCCAAAUGAUUAAAAACUACCAAAAAAAGGUAUUGAUGUUGGUCCAUCUCUCACACUGGACAUUUAACAACACUUGUGUAACAACAGCUGCACUUUGUGGGAAGAGUUAAUAUUUGAGUUGCGGAGUGCAUGUGACGCAAGUGUAACCGAGGCUCGAGAGGGCAGCUCCACGCCCAUGUGUGCAGAGAGCAUGUGAGACGCACAACGACUUUGUGUACGGAAACUGCUUUAUUUGCGUUAAACGGGCUCCCACAUUCUCUCGCCAAUGACAUCUGGUGAUCCAGCAGUGUUUGUUUCACAAACCGGACUGCUGAUGAGACUCGGAUGGCCGAUACCGGUCCAGAGUUUGGUCGCCUAGACGGGUGCUGCCUUUGUCUCCCCAGUGAGGCUGAGUCGACCUAGGGGAGGCCCAGGACCGGUUAA